GACCAGGAUGGCCGGGAGACUCGCCACCUUCCUCAAGGAUGCCUGGGCCAAGGAGCCGGUGCUGGUCGCGUCCUUCACCAUCGGGGGCCUCGCUCUAAUUCUGCCCACCCUCAGCCCCUUCACCAGAUACGCCACCAUGAUCAACCAGGCCACGCCCUACAACUAUCCAGUGCCCCUCCGAGAUGAUGGGAACAUGCCCGACGUGCCCAGCCACCCCCAGGACCCCCAGGGCCCAAGCUUGGAGUGGCUGAAGAACUUGUGAGCACCCCCGGUGACAUGGAGGAGGCCCCUCCCCUGAGCCAAUAAAAUGCGAAAAGUGACCCCC